CUGAAUAAAGUCGAUAUAUGACGAUCAUCACUAUAAACAUUUACAAGCCGGGCCACGUAUUUGUCAGAUCUCUAAACGAAUAUAAUUCCACCUUUUUGAUAAUAAAAAUAUACAAACAGAGACAACAUGGAAAGUAUGCAACGGUAUGUUUCACCCGUAAAUCCAGCUGUAUUUCCACACCUAGCUACGGUAUUGCUGACAAUUGGUACUUUUUUCACCGCCUGGUUUUUCGUAUUUGUGGUAUCACGACCAAAGAAUUCUAAGGAGCGUACUCUGUUUAAAGAGCUUUCAAUUAGUCUCUGCGCUUCAAUAUUUCUAGGUUUCGGAGUAGUUUUUCUAAUGCUGUCAGUGGGUAUAUACAUAUAAAUUGUUUUGCGAUUGGUAAAUUGUAUUUUUAAGACUACCGGAGUUUUUUAAUAAAAACAAAAAUAUUGCUCUUUGUGUAACCAAAA